CUUUGUCUCUGUUGUUCUUUUAUUCAGCUUCACACCUGUACUUUACUCUCCAUCCGCUCACAGCUCGACAUGCCGCCCAAAGCAAGCGCCGCUGGCCAGCACACCACCAAGCAGGAUUCCGCAUCUCUCAAGCGUGUGAGGGAAGGCUCCCUCGAACCAGCGCAGGCAGAGUCGUCUGCAGCGCUUGCUACAAAGAAGAACCGUGUCGCCUCUACGUCCUCCGCCAGGGGACCCGCGGACGCCGCUGAAGAACUCACAGAGCAAGAGGGGGAAGGGGACGGCGAGGAGGAAGCAGAUGCCGCCGCUGAUACGGCCGAACAAAAUGUGGGAGAGGUGAGGAAACAGGUGGAGAAAAUGAGCUAUGAAGAGGCACAAUCAAAGACCAAAGGUGAUGGCGACGGCAGUAACAAUGGCAAUGACGACGGGGCGGACGACAGUUGGGAAAAGAUUGAAAAGGAGGAAGCGGAGAGUAGCUUGAAACGAAAGGCUUUGGACAGGAAUGACACUUCAUUCACCGUUGUGGAAAAGGACGUCGCGGCCAAGCGACAGAAAGAUACACCUUCUCCGGAUGGCGGAGAACAACCCGCCCAGCCUCCCAGAAAGCCUCAAACCAGCUUUUCCGCAUUCGCAUCCUCCGCCUCUCCCUUCGCCUCCCUCAAAACCGCCUCCCCUGCUCCUGCCUUGCAAGGCGCCGCCCCAGCCCCGGCUCACGGUGAUAAUACCCCCGCUAUCGCUCCCGCUGUACCUCGGGAGGAGGAGAAGAAGAAGAAACAAUCUACUUUUGGAGAUUUUGCUAAAAGCUCACCUUUUACAUCGGGGAAAUCUACACCCGGUCUUCCCACUCCUGCCGAAGAUGAAGCCGGAUCUUCCGCCUCUGCAUCCACCCCCGCCCCAGCACCAGCACCAGCCCUAGCCCCGGCCCCAGCACCAAUGACCAAAAAACCCCAAACAACAUUCUCAUCCUUCUCCUCCUCCUCUUCCCCGUUUACGUCCUCCAAACCCUCCCCUUCCCCAUUCGCGUCCGCCUCCGCACCUAUCAAGGGGUCCGCAUUCGGCACUUACUCGAAUAACUCUGCCGCGUUUGGUACGGGUACCAAACCAGCGACGGGAGCGGGAGCGGGUGCGGCAGCUGGGGUGGAAAACGUCGAGCAAGGGAAAAAGGGAGCUAGUUUUGGGGAUAUCUUGAAAGAGUCCAAGGGGGAUGUAGAGGUUGAGAAGGAGGGAAAGGUGGCUAUGCAGGAGCAGGACGUAACGACAGGAGAGGAAGACGAGGAUACAGUCUUUCAAGCACGGUCAAAGCUGUUUGUCAACGAAAAGGGAUGGAAAGAACGCGGGGUGGGGCUUUUGAAGCUCAAUGUACGAAGGAGUGAUGGAUCAGGAGCUCGUCUCGUAAUGCGAGCCGACGGUGUGCUCAGGCUGCUUCUUAAUUCCAAGCUUUACAAGGGUUUGAACCCUACUGUAGAAGGAAAGACGGUAUUAAUGACGCUUCCCAACGUUGGCGAGAAGGAAAUGGCCAUCAUCUGUCUCCGAAUGUCAAACGUAAAAGUCGCCGAAGAGCUCGCAGACUUUAUCCACGAACAUAUUCCCCUCGAUAGCGCCAACGUCUCAAAGUCACCACAACUUGACGUCUGAAUAAAAUGUCUCUUCAACGACCCUUUUUUUCAUACAUCAAUGCGUAACUUUUUACGAUAACGUGCAUACAUGUAUUUGCCCAAUGCCCCCCCGUCAUCGUUUCCCCUCUGUAU